AUGCAGGAACAUGAUGUGCCAUUGCACGAUUUAGUUUCUAGGAAAUAUGAAGCCGGAAUCGCCGCACAGAAGCUAUCAUUUUCCCCAACCGAGCUAGCCAUCAUUCAUACAGCAUCAAGUUUACCGUUUCAACUACGAUAUUGUCCUUCUUUAAACAAGAAGCCGGUCCAGAAGCGUGCUGCUUCAAACGAACCAGUCGAGAAGAAAGUCGACCCGUUCGCAGAUCCAGAUCCGGACCUGUUGAUUGACAAAAUCCCACGAGGGGCUCCGAGCCAUUUCCUGGUGCUUAACAAGUAUCCCAUCAUCAAGAACCAUUUCAUUCUCGCUACAGUCAUAGACAAACCCCAAACUUAUUUGCUUGAACUGGAUGAUCUACUGCAAACAUACAAGCUGCUGAGGUCGUGGUCAUCGGAGGGCCGGCGAUUGUAUGCGUUCUUCAACUCGGGGCCGUUCAGUGGCGCCAGUCAACCACACCGACACCUUCAGUUCCUCCCCGUCGAGUCGAUGGAUGGGGACGAUUCUCAGCUCGCAUGGGCCCCUUUGAUUGAUUCUAUCAUCGCGUCACCCGUGGAGAAAGCAGGCAAGUUGGCCCACGCUGCACGGUUCAAAGUGCUGCCUUCGCUACCCUGUUCGCAUUUCGGGCUGCCGAUUUCGGAGGACUGUUCCUUCGGUAACAUCUACCAUGUCUAUCGCAGAUUGAUCAACCACUGUGGUGAUCAAGUACAGUCCCCAGAGACGACAAAUUCUCCAUCCUCAUUCGACGGGCCCGUCCCAUUUAGUUACAACCUUGGAAUGGUUGAGGGAGGAAUGGUCAUUUGUCCUCGCUCGAAUGAAGGCGCUCCGACCCUAGAUGCGAACGGCACAGUGGCCGGAACCGCAUGUUUCAAUGGUACCCUAUUAGCAGGCACGUUGAUGGUAAAAAAUCAGGAAGAAUGGGAUGCUCUCAAACGGAACCCUACCCAGAUGGAUGACAUUCUUUAUUCCAUCGGGGUCCCUUCGACUAGUUCCUAA